UUUACAGAGGCGCGACCACCGCGCAAGAACUACAAUCAACUGUCAUCAAACGAGAAACUCGAUAACCGACAGACCGAAGAUAUUCACAUCGAAGAGGCCGCAGCAGAAUCGGAUGCGAGCAGCACAGAUUUGGAUGAACGUGAUACACGGGGCGUUUGCCCUCCCUGUGUGCAUGAUCGAUACAACAACAAUAUACGAAGACACGUUCACGACGAUUUUAGCGACGACACUGAUUAUGAGGAAGCAUUGACGUGCAACGUGUGCGACCGCUCGUUCCCAACACGUCGGCAGCUCGCCGACCAUCAGCAGAAAAAGCGACAUUUCGGCUGCAACGCUUGCGACAGCCUAUUCCCCUCGCUGAUGGCUCUGGAGCACCACAAGGAAGAGUUCGAGCACUGGAGCGACUCCUGCUGCAGCCACUCCGAGUCCGAAGAGAGCGAGAACGAGUGCCACGAGGAUCGGCACCGAUUACUCUAAUGCCAUCAUCUCAUUAUUGCCGGGGACCGCCCCAGUAAACUGGGGACUUUCGUUUAGACUCAUAUGUCUAUUGUCUGACGGACUAAAAUAUUCUUUUAAUGAUAACUUUAUUUAUACAGCAUUAUUUAAGGCUAAAAAGAUAGCAAAGAAACUCAAAGUGUAAUGUAUUUAAACUAUAAACUAAAUGUGUAAAGCGUGAUAAUAAAAACCCGCCAUUUUUCCACGAGGUAUAUCCGAUGAUUUAUUGUAAAAUCAGGCGGCAGAGCACCGCUGUUGGCGGUUGGUGGCGAUUUGCCUUGAAAUAAAACAAAAUUUUGACAGUACAGGCUGAAGUUCUUUCAAACAAUAUAUUAUGUAAAUAAAUACAAAAAGCUUAAGUAAUGAUAACACAUUUAACGACAACGACAUGUUAGAGUGAAUUGCUUUUUCCGUCAGGCACUAUUCAUAUUUGUAUCUUCUCAAAGAUUAUUAAAAUGCAGCAACUGACACAUAAUCUCUCACUAUGGUAGUAACAGGAUAAUUGAACGUUACUUCACUUAUAUAGGCGCAAAGAUACCAAACCACCGCUAUUUUCUAAAUUUGUUCUAAGAUUUUCUUGAAAAAGCUUUUUAUGAAAAAUAUUUUUUUUGUCUUUUAACUGCAUUAAAAAAAUGUGUUUUGGAGUUUUCACCAUUUGAGUGUACCGCUGUGGGUACACACUUUAAACCUGACAAAAAAUUCUACUUAAGUCUUAUUUGAUUUUUGUGUUGCCUUCAUAAAAUAUAGGUGAUUUCGUAUUUGAUAAAUUACGACCUGAAAAUCAAUUAAAUUUAGGUGAGAUUUUCUGUAAACCUAUAAUGAAAAUACGAAAUAAAAACACAUGUU